CGUCUCGAGCAACUCAUGGCCGAAUUGCAUGACGUUCCUAACUCUUCGCAAAGUUCUACAAAAACCAUCACCACUGCUCUAACGGGCAGCGAACAUUCGGAUAUGCUUACGAUUUAUGAAGAUAUAACAACAAAUUCUCCCACCUCAUCUUCAUCGACGUAUGCUAUUCAAACGCCUUCGCCAUCUUUAGAAUUCCUGCUAAAAAGAUCUUCCACGCAGUUUCAAUUUCAAACACAAACGAUUUCGGACGAUGAUGCUAUGACGUUAACCGAAAUUGUUGAAAUACAUCGCGCCCCUUCGAUAGCCUUAAUACCAUUCAAUAAUGAUAAUCUUCUGGCUAUAGAAAUGGAUAUGGAAAGUCAGCUAAAUAAUAAUAAUAAUACUUCGUGUUCACUGUCAUCCACUUUAACUGAUAGUAAAACUUUGGAUAUACGUUCACCUAUUGUGGUCUAAAUGGUUAUGAGAAAAAAUUGCAUAUUUUUCGACUCGACUUAUUUACAUUAUUACACGACAACUUACUUAUAAGUUGUUGUUAUUUUUAAAGCUAAACCUUAGAUCCAAUGAAAGGAAUAACAUACGAAAUGCUGUUAAAUGUUGUUAAAUUAAUUGUUACACACGUGAAAAAAAUAUUUGUAUUAUUUUUGUUUACGUUUAUACCGAUUGUUUUUGUUAUUCACAAAACUUUACGCUGAUUAACUUGAUCCGCCACUUGAAAUCACUUCCACUUCGAAAAAGAUCUUACCGAAGGGAAUUGAAGUUAACCUUUAGAUUCUUUGUGUGUCUUUUUUAUUUGACAAAUAUUCUAAUGUGACAGGAACAAGGGUAAAUAUAUGAGUAGUUCAAAUCGUCACGCUACCAAUGUUCCUAGCAAAAAUUAACAAACAUAUACACUGUAUAUGAAGACAUUCGCAUGAGUAUAUAGAAAAAUUCAAAGUACUGUUCCUGAAUCUCGAAGGUCAACAUAUGACCAGGUAAUCUAAACUAGCAUACCUUUGGAAUUAACGGUAUAUCUGUUAUCGGCCUAGAUGCUUUUCAGAAAAUGUCAUAUGUUUUGACUACACGGAUCAUAGUUGAGCUUCCAUUAGAAGUUCAUAAGUGAAUGUCUCGUUUAAUUUAUAGGGUACUUUGUAUCUUAGCUACGCCUUACAGCACUAUUCAGUCUAUUCAGGAUAUCUUCACAAUGGAUAUUAUGAAGACAAUGCUGUAAGCCUUACAUCCAAUAUUAUUUUUCCAAAUUUAAUAUUUUUUUAUUUAUUCUUUUUUUUUAUUCUUUUUAUCUAUUCUAUGGAAUCAUAUCAUAUAAUAUUUUUGCAUUUCAUCGGCUAGAAAAAUUCUACUUUUGUAUUCUUCAACUGCUUCUUGUGCCUUGGUGAAGCGCUUUCCAUAUAUUUUAUUCUUAAUUUUCGGGAAAAAGAAAAAGACACAAGACGUCAAGAUAGAAGUCCCAAUAAACCCAUUGCAUCUUGCCAUGGGUUUCUCCUGGAUGGGCUUUACAUAAAGCGUAUUUUGAAGUUCUUUGAGGAAGU